AUGAAUAAUCCUGAUGUUAAGUAUGAAGUCAACGAUAAUAAGUUGAAAUUCUUCAAUUAUCAUGAAUACUUGACUAAGGAUUAUAAGCCUUUGGAACCCACAGAUGUAGAAAAGCUGGUAGUUAUCACCCACUUUAUGAAUAAUCAUGUAAGUAAGGAUUCCUUAGCUUUUAAAACAACAAGAAUAAUCAGGAUACCACGUACGUUCGAAACUCAAUACCCUGACUUAGUUCCACAAUUUUCUACUAUCAUACCAGGAGAAGAACCAGCGGCAAUUCAAACUCCUGAUCAAACCAAUUUCCAACCUGUGGGGGAAUGCAAUGAUCAGAAGUAUGGCGAUACAUCAAUGACUCCAUUAUUGAACUACAUAGAUCGGGAAUCUUUGAAAUCAAUCAUAGAGACGGUUAAUCAGUAUCUUGUUCGAGCUUAUCAUCCUUCAGGUAUAAAUGCUUUUGAAUCAAUGAUAGAUAUCUUUACAGGUACCUUAUACACGAAAAUUUUGACAAUUUUCACCGAUACUUAUAGUAAAAGGCAACUUAAAUCAAUGAAUGCAUACAUCAACACCGUCAAUGAAGAUUCAACAGUGAAAUUUUAUUCCCCUGUUACUACAGGAUUCACAUCAGUACGUAAUCAAGUUGGUUAA